CAUGUGAUUUCCCAGAAAGGCGCACUUGGCGAAAGUGAAAACAAACUGAUGUUCUAGCCAAGGUCAGGUAAACGCGCCGAUUUUUCGGCCGACGGUCGACGUCGGACUGAAAAGGAGGCCAAAAUGUGCAAGAUGAAGGAGUUGGUGGCACUGUUGCUUGUGGCUGUUCAAAUCCAAAACGUCAAGCCUGUAAUCCAUAUACUUAAGUAUAUCCAUACUACUUCGUCGUCUCAAAUUCCAAACUUCCCAGACUACUUGGCUGUCGGUUAUGUUGACGGCGUUCAGAUUUCCCACUAUGACAGCAAGAGUAGGAAUUAUACACCUAAACAGGAAUGGAUGAACAAAAUAACACCCGAGGAUCCGAGUUACUGGGAGAGAAACACACAGAGGAAUAUUGUUCUUGAGGACACCGACAAAGUCAACAUUAAAUUAGUUCAAACACGCUUCAACCAAACUGGAGGUGUUCACAUGAUUCAGUGGCUAUCUGGCUGCGAAUGGGACGAUGAGACCGGCAAGGUUGAUGGUUGGCAACACUUUGCUUACGACGGAGAAGACUUUUUAUCCUUUGAUUGGAAGGGACUGAGGUGGAUCGCGGUCAAGCCACAAGCUGUGAUCACCAAACAUAAGUGGGACCAAUUGGAAAGCUACAAUCAAUACAAGAAGUAUUACUACACUGAGGAAUGUCUUGCUUACCUGAAGAAGUUUGUGAGCUAUGGGAGGGACUUCCUCAUGAGAACAGAGCUUCCGCGGAUCUCCCUGCUGCAGAAGACGCCGCUGUCGCCGGUGACCUGCCACGCCUCGGGUUUCUACCCCAGAAAUGCUUCCCUUUUUUGGAGGAAGGACAGAAAGAGGAUCUCUGAGGGUGGGGAGAUAGGCGAGACCCUCCCCAACCACGACGGGACCUUCCAGGUCACCGCCCACCUCAAAGCGGUUGACGCUAACGCCAAUUAUGAAUGCGCUUUCCAGCUGUUCAGCGGCCGGGACAACAUUAUUGUCCCACUGGACGCUGCCAACGUCCUGAGCAACAAGCGCAUUGAAGCGGAAGAAAGGAGGAAGACGGCACUGGCCGUUGGCGUCCCCGUUGGCGUUACUCGCCCUGACGCUCACGAUCGUUGUUGUGAUCAUCGUCAAAUACAGAAAAGCCAAAUACAUCCAAGCUGCCGUCCACGCCGAUUCUGAGCUAUCUUCCUACGAGAGCCCUCCCGAGACCGCUUCUUCUACCGCAGAGACCCCUUUAGCUGAGCCCGCUCCCGAGUGAGACGCCUUUACACGACGUUGGAAGAUGAUCGCGAUGUCACCUCGCAAGCACUGUCACAUCAUGCAGGAAUUGAAAAGAGAUUUCUUUUAGGCCAUUUGUGUCAUGAGGACCUUCUUGCUGCCUUUGGUGUAUUGGUUGCUCCAUUUUUCUUGAACUUGAAAGAUCAAAGGACUUCCUCUUCCUUGAUACCAACUAAUGGAAAAGCUGCUAGGGAAUUACAUAUAUGACUUUUUUGCCACACUUUAAGAUACAACCAUGGUUUUAGAACAGUUUGGACUUCAAUCAACACGUCCAUGUACAAAUGUUGAUUUUUGUUUUUUUAUUUCUUACAGGGCAUUCUUUCGCUCCCAUUGACAUUGCUAGAUGUCCAAUCCAUUCAGACAGAGAGAGGCGUAUUGGUCAUUAAUUGCUUUAGUAGCAGGAAUAAAAAAACAACAAAAGAGACCUAUGUACCUACUAAGGGUGUAACGGUACAUGUAUUUGUAUUGAACCGUUUCGGUACUUGGUGCUCGGUUUGGAACGGAGGCGUACCGAACAAGUUUCUGACGUAAUGUAACCCUUACUUUUUGAGGCUGUGAGUCAAUCGGGUUAGUUUCUUUGUGUAGAUUAUAUUUACUCCUUGUUCUCUACUAUAAUGAAGACCAACACAGUAGGACAGUAUAACCCAGAAACGUCAACGGCGAGACAACGUAUCCGCCGCAAGAACGCAGUGAAACGCGGGCGUUAGAGUCAGUCAGCCAAUGCAUACCAGUCGCAGUGCGGCCGCGUGUUAGACGCAUCCCAGAAGCAGCUCAACGCGACGCACGCAAAAAGAACGGCAGAGUUUAUUAUUUGACGCGAGACGCGAGCCUCCUGCGUUAGCACUACUACCGGUAGCUAGGAUCAGGCAGACCGGAAGUCACUCGUGUAAAAAUACGGUGGAUCCGGUCGAUUUUCAAACUAAUAUACUAUCGUAACCCACUUUUUGAGUCCAUCAAAUCUCUUGAGUGGUAGAUCGGGGCACAGUUGACUUGUCUUUGUUGAUUUACUGCUGUCUUCUCUGCUAUAAUAAUAACCAACACGGCCCCGUGUUCAAUACAAAACCCUCCUACCACAACAAAACAAGUAGGAACUACUAUUCACAUAGGAACUAAAGUUAUACAACAUAAAAUAUGCAAUAUAAAUGAAUACUACAUCACAUUUGUAAAAUGUAAACAUAUAAUAAAAUAAAUAAUAGCCCAUUUAAAUAAAAUAAAUUGAAAUGAGCUACAGUGGGGAGAACAAGUAUUUGAUACACUGCCAAUGGGAAAACACAUUGGCAGUGUAUUAAAUACUUGUUCUCCCCACUGUAAAACACCUGUAAUUAAAUAAUCAGAAUAACACACAGAUCCUGCUUACACAAUUAAAUUUAUUAAUUUCUGUGUGGCGCUUUAACUUGAGAAAAUCCACUAAUAAAGCUUUUGAAAACAAUUCAUAAGAAAAAAAAAAAGAUUCAUUGAGGCAUUUCAUUUGUAAAAUACAUGUUAAAAUCUUUGCCAUUGGGAUUGCUUUUCUCUUUAGCAAAGGACUUCUUUUUUCUUCUUUCUUUCAGAAAGAAAGCUGACCAAUACGCGGGGUCUGAAAGGCAAAUUGUUGUUGGAUUAUCUUUAAAUACUGGCUACUUUUUGAGCGGAAUUCUAGCUUUGUAUAGGCUAAUGGUCCUAUUGUUGAAAGCACAAAGGUGUGUAAUAAACAACUAGCACAUUUAUAUUUUGCAUUUUGUUUUCUUACUGUACCGAAAAUGAACCGAACCGUGACCUCAAAACCGAGGUACGUACCGAACAGAUAUUUUUGUGUACCGUUGCACCCCUAGUACCUAUGGUUCUGUGAUUUCUGAAUGACCGCCAGAUUGUUCCGUCACUCAGAUGGUUCUGUCAGGACCGGAACUGGUUUGUCACCAGAAUUUGUUUUUUUCCGUUCAUUCGCCCUCUCUGUCGAAAUGAAUUGGACACCUAGCGCCGUUAAUGGCAGCCAAUGAGUUGAAAACUAUGAGGGGAAAAAAAAAACGAGAAAAUCGACUUAAGAGUGUUACAUGGGAUCAUAGCCAGUGUGCAUUUCUGUUUUCAUUCAUUUUUACUUGAAAAAAAAAAUGAUGAAUACAAUUUUUGAUGCCUAAAAGUCACUUGCUCUAUAAUAGGGUUAAUAAUUGUCAACUUUUGACUAGCUGUUGUGACUUCAAACUUUUUUAAAGCAUACUUUUAUCAGAAUGUUGUUGAUUGUACUUGUUUUUUGAACAUCUUGGCUCAAUAA